AUGUUUGCGGCAUUUCGACGUCGUGCCGCAUCAGUAUCACGUUCUGAAUCCAAUGUUAAAGAAAAUUCACUUCUUGAAAUCAAUGGACGUAAAACACAUAUUGAAAAUAAUAAUUCUACUGGUUUCAUUACACCAACAACAACAACAACAAAUGGAAGUAAUACAUUAACUGUUAAUGGUAAUGGAAUGAAACAUCGUACAUUAUCUGGUCUUUCAAUGACAUCAUCAUCGUCAUCAUUUAGUACAUCACCAACACUUAAUAUAACACGUCAACAAGAAAAACAAGAAUUACAAACACUUAAUGAUCGUCUAGCAGUUAUUAUUGAUACAGUUCGACGACUUGAACAAGAUAAUGAAAAAUUAAGAAAUAUUGUUAAAACAAAUGCACAAUCAUUUGAAUUAGAAACAUCAAAAGUAAAAGCUUUAUAUGAAAAUGAAUUAGAUGAUGCAAAAAAAUUAAUUGAAGAAUUAGCUCAUGAAAAAUCACGUCUUGAAAUUGAACUUGAAAAAAGUCGUAGUGAAAAUUUAGAUAUACAAGCAAAAGCCGCUCGUAAUGAUCGUGAUGCACGUACAUAUGAAUCACGUUUAAAACAAUCUGAAAAUGAAAUAGCUGAAUUAAAAGCACGUUAUGAUGCAAUUACAUUAGAUACAUCACGUAAAAUGGAAGAGAAUGAGAUACUUCAUAAAAUAAAUCAUGAUCUUGAAAAACAAGUAUCAGCAUUAAAACGUCAACUUGAAUCUGAAACAUUAUUACGUGUUGAUCUUGAAAAUAAAAAUAAAACUUUACGUGAAGAAUUACAAUUUAAUCAGCAUGUGUAUGAAACAAAAAUCUAUCAAAUAAAAGAACAACAACGUGUUGAAAUUCUUCAUGAUGAUAGUUUACGUCAACAAUAUGAUGCAAAACUUUUACAAGAAUUACAACAAUUAAGAACACAAAAUGAACAAGAAAUGCAAUUAUUAAAAGAAGAAAUUGCCGCACAAUAUGAAAAAAAGAUUGAAGAUUUACAAAAUACAAUUCGUCGUAAUUUAGAACAAAUAAAUAAUUAUCGUAUAGAUGUUGUUUCAUAUCGUGAACGUAUUGAAGAAGUAACUAAAAUUCGUGAUAUAUGUAAUGAAAAAGUGUUACAAUUAGAACAACGUUGUCGAGAUUUAGAAGAUCGUGCAUAUCGUACACAACAACAACAACAUGAAUCAAUUAUUGAACGUGAUGAUGAAAUACAACAACUUAAACAAAUUAUUGAACAAAUGCAAAAUGAUUAUCAAAAUUUAGUUGAUACAAAAAUUGGACUUGAUCGAGAAAUUGCAACAUAUAGAAAAUUACUUGAUUCAGAAGAAGAACGAUUAAAUAUUGUUGCACGAUUAGGAUCUUCACCAACUAUUAAUGGUAGUGCAACACCAACAAAUAAUGAUGAAAUAGCAACAACAAUAAAUGGUCCAAUACAACGACAACGUCUUAAACGUCCACGUUUUGAAGUUGAUGAAGAUAUAAUUGUUGCUAAUAACACCAAUGGACAUUAG